CCGAGGGGGCAUAGAACACGAAUUCAUAUCGUUUCCAGUGCCCAUAGGACCUGCAAUCUGACAUCUCCUUGGUAUUUCCGUGUCGUGCUCCGUCAGUCCGUCUUGCUUUUGCAGUCAUUCCGGGCUGCUCACAAUGAUUAUUGAGUGAAUGGAGGCAUCCACUAUGGGCGUGGGGUCCUGUUUUGGUUUAGGGCGUCUCUCCUGCCCUCUCUUUCUUCUCUCCUUCUCCUUCUUCCUCGUCUCUUUUCUCCCACUUUCUCUCCUGUUCUCUCUGCUGUCUCUUCUGCUGUCUCUUCUGCUGUCUCUUCUGCUGUCUCUUCUGCUGUCUCUUCUGCUGUCUCUUCUGCUGUCUCUUCUGGUGCUUCCUCUGCUGCUCCCUCUUUUAUUUCUUUUCCUCUCACCCUCUUCGUUAAAUAAGCUGGAACCACACAGGAAAACCAAAAACGGCCCCUUCACUACGGAUGGACCUCUACUAUACCAUCAAAAACAGCAGUAUGGAACUGAAACCCCAGAUCCCAUUCCCAUGGAACAAGACCACAUACGAUGCGAAGAGUGCCGGGAACAGGAUGCUCUGUAUUCUACUGCGACCAAGGUCGCUGGAGCCGGAAAGCGUAGCAUCAUCCAUCUUCUAAUGAAACACCCAUGGAAUGCGUUCAAAGAUGCCGGGAUGAUGGAAAGGCUUAAAAAGACGACGCUGUUCCUGUUAUGGGCCAGCGCAAUAGCACAGUGCCAACCUCUGGAGAUAUCCACCUCGACUGUGACAUGUUACCCGAAUCGUCGGACCUUUCACAGCCACUACUUUUGGCCGAUUGUGAGGGUUUCUACGGGGGUUAGUCAACUACCAAUCGGCCUCGCGUCUCAAAGAGUUCCGGACAAUCUGGCUGGCAAUGGGGACGGACAAACCCAGGGCAUUUUAAAGGCGUGCGAGAUAGAAGCAAGCGGGGCGCUUCUUUUCUCUCGGCGAUUCUUAUCAACGAACUUUUUUCCAAAGAUUUUUCAUCACGCUCUUGAUUACUACUCGACAGGUUUGAAUAUAUAUAUUCUUCAGCUUUCUUGAAAAGAUAUUUUCUCUUUAUUCUCUGCCGAACCAGCUUGCAUCAAAACUACUAUGAUAUGACACGCACCUUGAGAGCCGUCGACCAACGGGAUAA